CGCGUAGUAACCUAAUAAGGUAAAAGCACUAAUGCUAGACACUUUAAGGACAAAUCAAACUUCAUUCUCAGUUAUCAAAUGUAUUUAUCAAAAAUUAUAUUAAAUCUUUUUUUUUACUGUUAGAGCAACAUUUAGAGAUCAAUUUUUUCAUAUAAAAUAUUUCAAUACUGUUGUAGUUUCUAAAAAAAAUUACAAACUUGUUAGUUUUGCCAUAGACACUAAAAGAUGACAGCAUCGAAAAUCAAAUCCACCAAAAAUUGACAUCAGUUGGCACUAAUAAUAGACACGACUUUAACGUUAGUUUUAUUAUAAACAAUUAUAAUCAAUCUUAAGAUCAUCAACUAUUUUCUUAACGCUAUCUUGUAAAUUAUCUUUUCCUAUUUGAAACCCUUGUUUGACCAUAGCUUUUACCCAUGUUACAAGUAUUUUUUCUAUAUCUUCGGUUAAAUAACAACUUCUUCCCAUUUUACGCAUAAUAGGUGUCUUUCCCUUGACUUUAUUUAAUAAAGUUACUCGUGGAACUCCAAAUUUCUUUGCCGCAGUAGCUGUCGGAACGCCCCGCCUCAUACCCUGGACCAGGAAGGUCAAGUACUUGGGAGUCACCCUGGAUGCAUCCAUGACAUUCCACCCACAUAUAAAAUCAGUCCGCGACCGUGCCGCUUUUAUUCUCGGCAGACUCUACCCCAUGAUCUGUAAGCGGAGUAUAAUGUCCCUUCGGAACAAGGUGACACUUUACAAAGCUUACAUAAAGCCGGUCAUGACUUACGCGAGUGUGGUGUUUGCUCACGCGGCCCGCACACACAUAGACACCCUCCAAUCCCUACAAUCUCGUUUUUGCAGGUUAGCAGUCGGAGCCCCGUGGUUCGUGAGGAACGUCGACUUACACGACGACUUGGACCUCGAACCGAUCAGAAAAUACAUGAAGUCCGCGUCGGAACGUUACUUCGAUAAGGCAAUGCGUCAUGAUACGUCGAAUGUGGUUCAAGCAGCGGGGCAAGCACACCGAAGAAGACUUCUACCCCAAAAAAGCGGCGAAAUCUAAGUCUGCGUAGUAACGAUUCUACCCCAAAAAAGCGCCGAAAUCUAAGUCUGCGUAGUAACGAUUCUACCCCAAAAAAGCGCCGAAAUCUAAGUCCGCGUAGUGACGAUCCUAGCCCAAAAAAGCGUCGAAAUCUAAUAAAUUCGUUCAGUAACAGACCCCGCCGUGAUUCUGAAAUAACCACUGCACUUAAUUAUGGCAGCGAAGAAGAGUCUGACGAAGAGGAAGAAGGGAUUGCCGAGUUAGCGGUGCCCCGAAUAGCAAGAAUGUUUAUGGACGAAGACGAUGCGGAAGUCAACGAAAGAUCCGCCAACGCUACUUUGGAGCGGUCCCCUCAAUCGCCUCGACCAGCCGAUUGUGCUUCAACGCCCGCCUCACCGACGCCUGUUUCGCCGACUGCCAUGGAACCCAGCAACAAAUUUCAAUUUGAAUGGAGAAAGUUUUCAACGCCUCAAAUUGAACCUCAUUUGAGGCGAGAACCGUUCUCGCAAAUUAGUGGCCCUACAGUUUCUUUCACGAGACCAUACGAAGCAUUUAUUGCCAUAUGGGAUCGUGAAAUUAUGGAAAUGAUUGUCAGGGAAACUAACAUUUACGCACAGCAGCUGGCAACGACCAUGUUGGAGAAUGGAACGAUCGGUCCUAGUAGUCGAAUUACUCGUUGGCAUGAUACAAAUGUAAAUGAACUUUACACGUAUUUUGCCAUCGUUCUGGCUAUGGGAGUGGUGAUCAAAACCCGGUUAAACGAAUACUGGAAUACCUCUAACGACAUCUUCAGUACUCCUGGCUUUUCCACGAAGAUGUCACUUGACAGAUUCUACCUUCUGUCAGCAUGUCUGCAUUUUAAUAAUAAUAAAGAUUGUAACUCUGCGUUGUUGACACGACCCCAAGCUAAACUUUUUAAAAUUAAACCUAUAAUAGAUCACCUUAAUCGCAAGUUUUCUGAAUUAUAUAGUUUAUCUCAAAAUGUGGCUCUCGAUGAGAGUCUGACCAUGUGGAAGGGCUGGCUUGAAAUAAACCAGUUCAUCCCUAACAAAGCAGCCAAAGUUGGAAUCAAAACCUUUGAAUUGUGUGAAUCUCAGACUGGUUAUUUGUGGCGUUUUGAAGUAUAUGCAGGCCAUGACACCUCGGCAUUUCAAGAAGAUGAUCCAGUCUCGGGGAAAGUACCAGCUCUAGUGCUCAGACUUUUAAAUGGUCUUGAACAUAAAGGGCACACAAUAUGGAUGGACAAUUACUACAACUCUCCAUCACUGGCACGAGAACUGAAGAUCCGGGGAUUUGACUGCGCGGGGACGCUCCGGACAAACCGUCAAUUCGUACCACCUGAAUUGGCGAGUAUUACAAAAAACGACAUGAUUGUCGGUCAAUUGUUGGGAUGCACCUCUGGAGAUGUGGACAUUGUGGUGUGGAGGGAUAAAAACCUCGUGGCUUUUAUUUCAACAUACCAUGCUCUCCUAGCUACCAAGUGUGGCGAUACAGUUAAGCCGACAGUCGCGCAGGACUAUAAUCUUAAUAUGGGCGGAGUAGACCGUAAGGAUCAGCAACUCGCAAUGUACCCUUUAGAAAGAAAAAGGCAUAAGGUGUGGUACAAAAAAUUUUUUAGAAGACUCUUGAACGCUAGUGUCCUGAACUCGUACAUUUUACUGAAAAACCAGUCGUGGGCACACCGGCAAUUCCGAAAGGCGUUGAUAACUGAUUUGUUUACAGCACACCGAGCCCCUGCACCUAACUCAAAAACCAUCGCAACAUCAGUACAUAGCCCGGCACAAUACAGUUUCAUGAAUCCCGAAAAGACAGACCGACUUAGGCGCCAAUGCGUCGUCUGCAAAAAACGAAUUAGCACGUACUGUAAAGCUUGCCAACUGGCAAUGUGUACUUACACGUGUUACGAGCCUUACCACACUGCACACUGACGCUUUUCAGACCAUUACUUAUUUAUAUAUACACACACACAUAUACACACACACACACACAUAUACACACACACACACACACACACACUGACACACACAUACACACACACAGAGUAUUUGGGCACUAGUGUUAAAGAUAAUUCUAAAGAAUAAUAAUGUAGGGUAAUUAGGUAUUAUUACCAUCCAUAUUGUUGUGAAGUACUACACAAAAUGCUGCAUUAUGUGUCUGGUAGAUAUAUAUGUAAAUAUGUUUUAUACACUUUUUUUGUGCAUGUAAGCUUAUUAAGCGGCGGUCAGGGUCAUGUCACCAAUGCAACUCGCACCUAUAACGAACUGGAAAAGUCAUCAACUGAAUUGAAUAUUUUUACAUAAUAUAAAUUAGCGAUGCUUAUAAACAUGAUUAAGGGCAUCCUCCAUGUUAAUAAUAGAUUAGGUAGUGUAAUUGUUUAAUGUUUAAUGUGAUUUCCUUUGUGAUUGUGAUUUAUUGUUACUUCCUUACAUUAAAAUUUCGAUUGCUUUUCGCUAUCGUAAUGUCUUGUCUUAUACGUAGUUGUAAUGAACAUUGUGUACUUAGCACAUCUAUCCUGAUUCGUUGUGCGCGCAUGGCUCAUGUUACAAGCCAAAUUUUUUACUUGUUGUUAUUAAUUUUGUAUCUUUUUUUUUUUUAACUUAUAAUGUGUAUUGUGUGCCUAGUAAAAAAAAAGAGAUGGCACUCAAGUAAGCAAUCAGAUUAUGAUGGAUUUGGGUAAUUUGUGUGGUGUUAAUGUGUUUCUUAAUUUGAUUUAUGUACGAUUAUCUGUAGAUUGCCUACUUACUUUAGUAGGAACGAUUAUAUGAUCUUUAUCAUGAAAAAUCAUAUAAUCAUGAUAAGUCAUUUCAUGAGUAUGUCUGUAAAUAUUCCAAGCUGUUUAAAAAAGUCUGUACAUUGGCCAAAUCAUUGCACUUAGGCAUUUUAUAAAAAUGCACCUGACAAAAUUAAAAUGACUUGGAAUAUCAUUAAUAAGGAGACUGGGAAUGUCAGAAACAGCAAUGCUGAAUUAACUUUGAAAACCAAUGAUAGAAUAAUAACUUCUCAUCAAGAAGUGGCCAGUGCCUUUGUGCGCUACUUUGCUGAUAUCCCAGCUUCUACUACAAAAUCUUUAAUUUCAUCUCCGACGCCGAAUCAUUACUGCAAGAUCAUGUUGAUAAAUGUUAACUUUAAGUGCACAAAUAUUGAUAUAAAGGACAUAAUUGGUUAUUUCAAGCUCAUUAAUAUUAAGAAAACUGGUGAUUUAUGGGGAAUUUCAAUUAAGGUUAUAAAAUCCAUUAUUGAUAUAAUCGCACCUUACCUUGCUACAAUAUUUAAUGACUGUAUUGAUUGUGGUGUGUUUCCUGAUCUAAUGAAAUAUAGUAAAAUAAUACCUUUGUUUAAAUCUGGUAGUACUUUUGACCCCUCUAACUUAAGGCCCAUUUCAGUACCUACCUACAUUGAGUAAAAUUUUUGAAAAAAAUAUUUUGAUACUUUUGAACCAUUUCAAUUCCAAUAACCUGUUUCAUAACAAACAAUAUGGAUUUACUAGAGGUCGUUCAACUAUUGAUGCAGGUGUAGAUCUUAUUAAAAAUAUUUCUCAGGCUUGGGAGGAAUCGCAUAAUGCACUUGGGGUAUUCUGCGACUUAUCUAAAGCUUUUGAUUGUGUUGAGCAUAAUAUUACGGUUUUACAUAACAAUAAAACCGAUAUUAUGUGCCGAGAAGGAAAACAUACAGCAUUGUAUUAUGAAGAAGCACUGUGUACUUAGCUUAGAUUCCUUGUCUAUGUCCAACCAUAGACCGUCAAUUUAGUUCCAUCUUUAGCCGCUAGGUGCUGCCAGCAAGUAUAAAGGGAGCGCAGCCAUCUUUGAUCUUCAUAGUCUUCACCAGGAAGAACUUCCUGCAAUGCUGUAUGUUUUCCUUCUCGGCACAUAAUAUCGGUUUUAUUGUUAUGUAAAACCGUAAUAUUGAUGUGCCUUUGGAAAACAUACAGCAUUGUAUUAUGAAGACGUGUUUGUUAUCUGCUGGUGAAAUUAUUAAGCACAACGCUAUGAUGAAAUAGGUAAAGCCAUAAUAAAAUUAUGAAGCGCAAUGAUAAUGUUCAUAAUUUAUAUAAUUAUUAAAUCGAAAAAACAGUUGUUAACUUCCACGUUACUUCAAUAAUUAAAAAAUAUUUAUAAGUUUGUAAUAAACAUUUUAUCUUGUAUAUACAAGAAAAUGUAUAAAUUGUAUAAAUGAUGUAUAUACAUCAUGUAGAAGUAAAUGUGUUAAAAAAAAAGAAUCGUGAGGAUCUUUACGAAGCUCUAUUAUUCGGCAAUAAUUAUUGUAAACGUUUGGAUGAUUUGCAAUUGCCUCUAGAAAGUAUUUCGUCCAUUGGUUCAUUAUCAAUCCAUCUCAGAGGCUACUGCUGAUCUACCACUUCUUAGAGAUGCGUUGAUGCCAUUACCUCGUAAGGUUGAACGAAGACCAGUUUCCAAUUACAGUACGGGAUGCCGCUUUUGUGACAACACACAUAGUUAGAAAAAAGUCCUUACGAAUCUUACCGGGCAUGUCUUUAGUUUCAUGUCUAGAAAGCACUUAUGCAGAUUAUUGACGAAAAUGGAUUUCAAUUUUAGACCCAAAGACUGGUAUCAGAAAGAUGUUUUUCUCUGUUAUCAAAGAAACUGUCUUUAGAAAUGUUGAGCAAAGUAAGGUCAUUAACUCUGCGUCCCGUAGCCAGCAACAUGGUUGUUGGUGUCCUUCAAGCUACAUUGAGGCGUGAUGUGGUGGCUGGGUUUGAAGAAAACCAGUUUAGAACUAUUCUCGGAUCUCAUGUGAAUGGGACUACACUUAGUAAAAUUGUAAUAAGUAGUUGAAUUUUGUUUAGCUAUUCCGAUGGCUUUUUUAAAAUAGCAAUUUUUUAUUAGAGAGCUUGAGAAUGUUUGCUGUCCUACAUGUAUUUCGCCCACAGAAAGUCGACAGCGCUGCUUUAUGAUGCAGAAGGAUUGUUUUAUAGGCAAAAUUUUCUUUUUGGAAAAGAAGAAAGAAUUUGGCAACAUCUGCAGACUUAGGAUCAAUUUUAAAACUGUAGCACCAUAUGCACCAUCUUCUAGUUGCUGGUAAGUAUGCUGACAAAGUGGAUUGACACCAGCUAAUUUUCAACAAAUCUUCUCCUGUUUAGACCAGUCAUUAUUUGUACAACCUCCCCCCCCCCCCCCCCCUUCUAAGCUUUCAGGGUUAAUGUUUAACCUGUGAAGGAGGCAGGUUUUGGAUUUCGUGCGAGUUAUCUAGCGUUCGGGAUCUGAGGGCUUGGAAACCCAAAUGCUUUCGCUCAGUCUGGGAACACUACCAGGUAGGUUCCCUAGACACUGUUGAAGUGAGUCAGUACUUUGGGGAGAAGGUUGAGAGGAGGAAUUCUCCAUGCUAGUUGCAUCCUCUACGGUCUGCUGAAGGUAUCCAAUCUUGGUCGGCGAAUGGGUUUAUAUCCGGAUGACCCCACUUUUGAAAAACUUUUGUGGUCACUUGUGGUAAAAAGUGCCAUUUCGCAGGUUGAUUUCCUCGUGAUAGCCUGUCGGCUAUGAUGUUGUAUCUCCCCGAGAGAUAAGCUGACAGUUAUCUUGAACUUAUCGCUUAGGUUUAAAAAUCGAAAGGUCAACGUUAGUGAAAUACUUUCAGAUUCAUUUUGAUUGUCACUACCAUUGCAAAUAGCUCUUUUUUGGGUGAGCCGUUUCUGUUGUUGAGCUGACCAUAGACAGGACGUUAAUAUUUUGUCUAAUUGUAACCCCUACCCAUGUCCGAAGCUUCCGUUGCCAGGAAAUGGUUGGUUUUGGGUCUCUGCAAUGUUUGACAUGUGGCUCCGCGUCAGCACUGCAUUUGUAACCCCUACACAUGUCCGAAGCUUCCGUUGCCAGGAAAUGGUUGGUUUUGUGUAUCGGCAAUGUCUAACAUGUGGCUUCGCGUCAGCACUGCAUUUAAUUGUUAACACAUGCAGGAUGGCCUGUUUUUUACCCCUUUUCUUGAAACUUCGCUGGAAAAUUUGCAAGUUAGCAUAGAUUGAUGUAAUUCCGUCAGAGUUUGAGCUAGGAUGUUGUUGAGUGGCCACUUCGUUUCUCGCAAUUUUCCAUCGAAUCCCUAGACAUGUCAUCUCUUGAACCAGUGUACUAAUUGAUUUUUUGUAAGGCUGACUUGGUAGCCCAAAUAAUCCAAGAGCUUUACAGCUUAUGUGGCCUGAAGACUCAACUUGGACUUCUUUUGAUGGACCUGGUGGGAUUUGCGUAGGUGGGAUAACACUCAACAUCCCUUUGCACGCAAUGUUUCCGCGACCGAGCAUGCUAUGCAAGCAAAAAAGGUGUAUUUGUCUUCAUGGACCAAGAAAAAGUCGCGUAGGUAGGUUAACAUUUGACUUCCCUAUGUACGUAAGGUCUUCGCGACCGAGCAUGCUAUGGGAGCAAAGACGUUUAUUUGUCUUGGUGAAACAAGAUCAUGUCGUGUAAGUAAGCUAGCACUUCGAUUUUGCACGCAAUGCCUCCGCGACCGAGCAUGCUGUGGAAGCAAAAAGGUGUAUUUGUCUUCAAGGACCAAGAGAAAGUCGCGUAGGUACGUUAACAUUUGACUUCCCUAUGUACGCAAGGUCUCCGCGACCGAGCAUGCUAUGGGAACAAAAACGUUUAUUUGUCUUGGUGAAACAAGAUUAAGUCGUGUAGGUAAGCUAGCACUCGACUUUGCACGCAAUAUCUCCGCGACCGAGCGACCGAGCGACCGAGCACCCUAUAUAAUGGAAAUUGACAUGCCAGCCCAGAUAAUCCAAAACCUUCACAGCUUCUGCAGCCUGAAGUUUCAACUUGGAUUUGUUUUGGUCGACCAAAAGGAAGUCGUCUAGGUAGACUAGCACUCGAGUUCCUUUUGCACGCAAGGUCUCUGCGACCCAGCAUGUUAUGGAAGCAAAAAAGGUUAAUCCAAAAGCUUCACAGCUUCUGCAGCCUGAAGUUUCAACUUGGAUUUGUCUUGGUCGACCAAAAAGGAAGUCGUCUAGUAGACACUAGCACUCGAGUUCCCUUUGCACGCAAGGUCUCUGCGACCCGCAUGUUAUAGAAGCAAAAAGGUGUGGCUCUGAAGCCAGACCGAAGGGUAGGCAUGUCAUUUCAUACUAACUCAUAAGAAGGUACCGAUUCCUUCCUGGAGGUACUGAUACUGGUACCUUGGUACUGAUCCUCAAGAAGUAUCGACGAAAUUUUGCGACUGAUACUAGAAAAAUAUUCCUGAGAAAUGUUCAAUUCUAUCAUCCAGUCCCCUGGGUGGAGAAAGUUUGGUACCUAGGUGUCCGAAAACAGUUAGGUGUUUUAUCUUUACGACCUUGUUCAACUCUCGAAGAUCCAAAAUUGGACGCAUUGAUCCGUCGCUUUUCUUCCGCGGAAAAAAGGUUUUUUUUUUUUUUUGUUUUUUUUUUUUUUUUUUUUUACGGUAUUUGGUAACCAUACAUGGUUUACAAAUUAUUACAAUUUUGGUGGCACUCAGUGCCUCCCGUCGGUGUCUUCAAUUGCCCCCCUCUGGAUUGUGCCAGAUGUUACAGACUAUGAUUGUUUAUAAUGUUUGGCUUACCUUUUGUACGAGAUCGUGACAAAUAGGAUUGUAGCCCUCCGAGGGACUGAAUAGAUUUCAAUUUACUAUUAUCAAACAAAAAUUCCUCAAUGAGUGGUGCGUUGGCAACAGGAUACUUUGUUAGAGACCACGGAAAUUAAACUUUGACGUGUUAUUUCUAUACAUACGGCCCUUUUUUCCGUAUACAAUUUAAAACGCUUUUUACGGGUAACUUGUACGACGGAGACGAUUUGUCAAAGUUUUCAGUAAUUAUGUUACAAAGAUUAUUAGUUUAAAUCUGUUGUGUUUUUGUCAAAAUUUCCGUAUUGACGAUAUCAAUUUGUUUACAACAUUUUUCGUUACAUUCAAUUGUUACACACAGUUGGUGCAUUAUUAGAUUUACAACGUCACUGACCUGGUGGGAUAACGAGCCGAUUCGCAGAUCGACCGUUACCUUUGAAUCCCGUCGUUUCUUACGCAGAGACUCCUUUUGUUCUUUUUCGCUUGACGAGCUGUUCGAACGCGAGGCGUCUCCAUCGCGUCUCGCCUGGACAUCUUCCCUCUCGGAAAUUAUGGAGCUUGACUCAACAUCACCUCCAACAGAUGACGCGUGAUUCAUGGCGUCCGAUGAUAGGAUUGGUAAAUAAUACUCGUAAUGAUUGCAAAAUAACACUCAUAGAAACACAAAAUAAAUAUUUUUUGCAAUUAAUAAGAAGUCGAAUAAAUAUUUGUGGACUUGCGACUUCACAGUACGAAAGUACACAACGCUAUGAAGAUCAAAGAUGGCUGCGCUCCCUUUAUACUUGCUGGCAGCACCUAGCGGCUAAAGAUGGAACUAAAUUGACGGUCUAUGGUUGGACAUAGACAAGGAAUCUAAGCUAAGUACACAGUGCUUCUUCAUAAUACAAUGCUGUAUGUUUUCCAAAGGCACAUCAAUACAUUGUUGAGGAAAUUACACCAUUAUGGUAUUAGGGGCGUUUCAUUAGAACUUAUUAAAUCUUAUUUAUCCAGAAGAAUCCAAAAGGUAGACGUUAAAGGAAAGAGAUCUUCCGGUGUCUUACAUAUGGGUUCCAUAUUGGGUGCCUUCCUAUUUCUUGCGUAUAUCAAUGAUUUACCAAAGUUUAUUGAAACCCGUCACGAGGUCGUAUUAUUCGGUGACGAUACAUACUUAUUGUUUAAAAUUAAACGACAAUUGGAAGAUUAUGACGAUGUGAUUGAUGCUAUCUCGCGCGUGGAACAUUGGUUUAGUGUUAAUAAUCUGUUAUUAAAUAACAAAAAAACUAAAUGUAUAAAAUUUACCACACCUAAUGUUAGACAAGUAAACACUAAUAUUACUGUAAGUGGAGAGACACUGGAUCUUGUGGAUUCGACAGUUUUUAUUGGUAUAACAGUUGAUUCUAAGCUGCAGUGGGGUCCUCACAUAUGCAAGUUAGCGAGUAGACUUAGUUCUGCAGCGUUUGUGGAAAAAAAAAAGCGAACGUAUACUAAUGAAGAUACGGCACGUCUGGUUUAUUUCAGUUAUUUUCAUAGUGUUAUGUCCUAUGGCAUUUUGCUAUGGGGCAAUGCUGCCGAUGUCGAAACGAUUUUCAUCCUGCAGAAAAGGGCUAUUCGUGCUAUUUAUAAUAUACACCCGAGGGAUUCCUUGAGGGACAAGUUUAAGAAAAUCAAAAUUCUAACUUUAGCGUCCAAAUAUAUUUUUGAAAAUUUAUUAUACGUGCGUAAAAAAAUAGAAGAAUUCCCUAGAGUCUGCGAUUUGCAUAAUGUGAACACUAGGAACAAACAUAGGCUUGCGUUGCCGGCGGCUCGAAUUAAGAUAAUAAGCAACUCUUAAGGGGCUGGGUGUACAACUUUUCAACAAGAUCCCACAAAACGUUCAAUUAUUACCUGUUCAUAGAUUUAAGAAAACUGUCAAGGAACGUUUGUGCAACAAGGCAUAUUAUAAAGUUAAGUAUUAUUUACUAGACGGCACUACGCGGGAAUGAGGCGUUCGCUCCUAGCCUUUUCAUUUUUCAUUAUUUUUAAUUGUAUAUUUUGACUUGUUUUUUGUUUAUUGUAAAUAUUCUUACUUAUUUAAAAAAAAAAUUGAGAAAAAACAAAAAAAAAGCCCGCUGAGUUGGUUUCGCCGGUUCUGCUCAGGACUGUGGCUUUUUUUGGAACCGGUGGUAGAGUUAACAUUGUUAUUUAUAUUUUGACAUUCAACAAGUGUGUUAUACUUACUGACAUCUAAGUUGAAAUAAAUGAUUUUGAAUUUGAA